AUGUCAUAUGUUUUCCGAUGCCCAGGAGCGAGGGACCUCCAGCUCGCGGCGGGCUCAGCCGGGAAAGGAAUCAAAGUCCUAGACGACACAGGCUCCGACAUGGCCCUAUUAAGUGAACAAGAUAUAAUCCAAAUCCGUGAACGCGCCAAUGACCUCCGCGUUCCCUUUUGGGACUACUGCGCCUUCCACUCCGUGGAUCGGAUGAUGGUGCUCCCCACUUGA